UAAACAAUUUAUUAAAAUGGAUCCAAUACUGGGCCGUCCUCAAUUUCUAAGUGAAACAGUUAAUUUGUUUACGGAUGAAAAGACUGCAGCGGCUAGAGCUCGAAUAGUAGAAUGGGUCAAUGAAUUAUCCACAGCUGAGCCACAAACCAAAUGCGAUUUGUUGGUGAAAAUCCAGGAGACCAUCAUUGGUUCCUGCAUAGAAUUACUGGAAGAGUUUCUUGAAACAAUUCUAGCUUUGGUUCAUGAUACAAACAUGGAUGUACGCAAGCAAGUGGUGGCUUUUAUGGAGCAAAUUUGCAAAGUAAAAGUGGAAUAUUUACCACAAAUCAUCAAACAUAUAUCCUCCCUGCUGCGUGAUCGUUCUCCCCAAGUUAUAAAACGUGUCAUACAGGCCUGUGGCAAUAUCUACAAACAUGGCUUACAAUGGCUGUGUAGCCAACAAGAUCUAAGCGACAGUGCCGAGGAGGCAUGGAAUGUCAUGAGCCUGAUUAAAGCUCAAAUUUUGGAUUUAAUUGAUAAUGAGAAUGAUGGUAUACGCACAAAUGCCAUUAAAUUCCUUGAAGGUGUUGUGGUCCUGCAGAGUUAUCCCGAUGAAGAUAGUCAAAAGAAGGAGAAUGAUUUCUCAUUGGAAAAUGUUGCAGAUAAUUUGAAAAUAAUUAAAAAACAAAAGCUGGAGGAAGAAGCUCUGCGUAUCUUUGACAUUCUAUUGAGAUUCCAUGGGGCUAGAUAUAUUUCGUCGGUUAAUUUGAUAGCAUGUACCAGUAGUUUGUGUACCAUUGCCAAAAUGCGUCCAAGUCUAAUGGGCCCUGUUGUGGAGGCAUUUAAAAAUUUAAACAAUAGUUUACCGCCUACCUUGUCCGAUUCUCAGGUCAGCUCGGUGAGAAAAAGUUUAAAAAUGCAAUUGACAAGUUUGCUGAAGAAUAAAGGUUCCUAUGAAUAUCAAACUGCCAUUAGACAUAUGCUUAUGGAUCUGGGUGCCUCACAGGGUGAAAUCCAACGAGCAAUACCCAAAAUGGAUAAACAGGAACAGCAGCGUAGACAAAAGCGUAUUUUGGAAAUGGCAAAUAGUACUGCCAAAAAACGUCGUUUGGGUCCCUCAGGAGAUGACGAUGCCGAAGAUGGCGAAGGAGGUAAGCAAGUACAGGAAAUGGUUAUCGACGAAGAGGAGUUGGAAAAGCAGAAACAGAAAUCCACCAAAGUCAAUGAAAAAUUUAUUGCUGAAAAUAUCAGAUCGGCUAAGGUGGUAGUGGACUUGGUUGUGGAAUGCUUACCACAACUUCCCGAAGCUGUACCCGAACACUUUCUACGCGAAUUUGAACCAAUCAAAGAUUUGUCCAUACCUCAACAGGUUUCAAAAAUAUCUAACUUAUUGGGCCAACAAAUGACGGAGAGAAAAAUAGGCCCUGGCUCAGCGGCAUUUUCCAAAGAACCACCAAUGAAAGCAAAAACGGUGCAAGCAGUUGUUGCUCCAGCAACUGAAACACCAAUGGAUGUGGAAACCUCCUCGCAAUCAUUAACACCUUUAGAUGAGGAACAAUUGCGUAAAGAGGAGGCCACCAAAAAGUUGAGAGAAAAUAUGGAACGUGUUAAAGGGGAACAGGAGUUAAUCGAACGUAUGAAACAAAAGGCCAAGGCCUUGAAGUUACAAGAAAUCACCAAGACCUUUUCGCGGCAAAUGAAAGAGAAAUUCCUAAUGGAUGCCGUGCAACGUAUUUUAAAUUCCGAACGCCAAUGUAUUAUUGGUGGAGUUUCGGCAAAGCGUCGCAAAUUGUUGACUGUUAUGGCGGCCACAUUUCCCGAUAAUGUUCGUUAUCAUAUUUUCGAUUUUAUUAUGUUGGAUAUUAAGCAACGUAUUGAUUUGGCUUUCUCAUGGCUGUACGAGGAAUACUGCCUGCUGCAAGGUUUCACGCGACAUUCGUAUGUUAAGUCGGAAAAUCGUCCAGAUCAUGCUUACAAUGAGCUGUUGCUGAAACUGGUCCAGGGUAUCAUAGCCAAAUGUGAAUUCCGUGACAAGGUUUUGCUGAUGCGUCGUGUUUAUUUAGAGGCUCCCAUUAUAACCGAUGAGGUACUGAAGCCUUUCUUGGGCCUGAUACUGUUGGAAGAUUAUACCUCCCAUGGUUUGGAAUUGCUAAAGGACAUGUGUAUCCUAAGGCCACCCAGAAGAGCCAAAUGUUUGAGACAUUUACUCAAUUUUAGUGUACACGAACGUAGUGACUUGAGAGAUAAGGCAAUGGAACACAUCCUGACACUGUAUCACAGUCAGAAACUGCUGCCACCACGCAUUAAUGAAUUCGCCCUGGAAUGGUGUACAUUUUUGGAAAAAGAAAUACCACCUGCUGCCAUAUUUGGUGAGGAAUUCGGUAGGCCGGAUGUGGAGACCGCUUGGCGUGAGGAGACUGCCAAAAUAUGCCUCACCGUAAUGUUGGCCUUAAUACCACACAAGCCGGAGUUGUUUUUGGAAAAAUUAGCACAAAUUUAUGCCAAUACCUCAGCUGAUUUGAAAAGGACCAUGUUACGUUCCAUUGAUGCGGCCAUUAAGAAUUUGGGUCCUGAAAAUCCAAUACUCUUGAAAUUAAUUGAAGAUUGCCCCAAAGGUUGUGAGACUUUGAUAAUUCGUAUUAUUUACAUACUAACCGAAAGGCAGCCCACACCACAUCCUGAAUUAGUGUUCCGUGUGCGGGAACUCUAUGCCCAGAAGAUAAAAGAUGUACGAGUUCUAAUUCCCAUCUUAAGUGGUCUCAAUCGCACUGAGAUACUGGCCGCUUUACCGAAAUUAAUAAAACUUAAUCAAGUUGUUGUCAAGGAGGUAUUUAAUCGCCUCUUGGGUAUUGGUCCCGAGUUUGCCACCCAGACAAUGGCUACCACCCCCUCAGAUAUUUUGGUAGCUCUUCACAAUAUUGAUGUAAAUGAAUGUGAUUUGAAAUUUAUUGUCAAGGCUACGUCAAUGUGUUUGGCCGAAAAGGAAGUGUUCACACAAGAUGUACUAAUCGGAGUGCUGCAACAAUUGGUAGAAAUUGUACCCAUACCCACACUUCUUAUGCGUACAAUAAUACAAAGUUUAACUUUGUAUCCGCGUUUGGGUAAUAGUUUUGUUAUCAAUCUACUGCAAAGAUUAAUCCUGAAGCAGGUGUGGCGUCACAAAGUUAUUUGGGAGGGUUUCCUCAAGUGUAUUCAACGUUUGAAACCGACUUCAUUGUCGGUUCUAUUACAACUACCUCCUCAGCAGUUGCAUUCAGCCCUUGAGCAGUGUCCUGAUUUAAGGCAACCUUUAUUGGAAUAUGCACAGAGCAUUCAGGAAGAACCCAUGUCGGGUGUAACACCACAAAUUAUGGAUAUUAUAACGGGUAAUGCUGUCGACGUGUUUAUAACGGACGACAGUGGCGGUUUUAUAUCUGCAGAAAAUAUUAAAAAGGAAAUUGAAGAACCCAUGGAAAUAUCCACCAUCUCAACAGUCUCCACGGUACCGGUUAUAAGUACUGUGGUAACUGGUUCUGUUCAGCCACCCACUGCUUUAGUGCCCGACGUCAAUCAACCACUACCUCCAGGAGAGGAUUAA